AAAAAAAAAAAGUAUAAAAAAAUGGGGUAGAAGCUGUGCGUUUUGUUCUUCCUUUACUUUUUUUCAUCAAUUUUUGUAAAAUGUCUGAAUUCAUCGUUGAAACAACCACCCCCAAUGGCUAUAAGCUCAAACUCCAAACCGGUCUCUUCAUCAACAAUGAAUUUGUAGCUGGUGCCGAUACUCUUGAGACUAUUAACCCUUCUACUGGAAAGAUUAUUGCUAAUGUUCAAGCUGCUGAUAAGAACGAUGUUAACAAGGCUGUUCAAGCUGCUCAUAACGCUUUCAAUGGUCCUUGGGGUAAGAUGAGUGCCCUCAACCGUGCUGCUCUUAUGUUCAAGCUCGCUGAUCUCAUUGAUCGUGAUAACGAGGAACUCUCUCAAAUCGAAACUAUGGAUAACGGUAAGGGUAUCACUUUUGCUCGUUUGUUUGACGUAAAGCAAAUCGCCAUUUCUCUUCGUUACUUUGCCGGUUAUGCCGAUAAAGUCCACGGUAAGGUUAUUGACACUGAGGGUGCUCUCUCUUAUACUCGUCAUGAACCCAUCGGUGUUUGUGGUGCCAUUAUCCCUUGGAACUUCCCCUUGAUGAUGUUGGGUUGGAAGCUCGGUCCUGCUCUUGCCACUGGUAACACCUGUGUCGUUAAGACCUCCGAAUUAACUCCUCUUUCCGCAUAUAAGGUUGCUCAACUUGUUAUCGAAGCUGGUUUCCCUCCUGGUGUUAUCAACAUCAUCACUGGUCUUGGUGCCAUUGCCGGUGAUGCUUUAGCUCGUAAUAUGGAUGUUCAUAAGAUUGCUUUCACUGGAAGUACCGCUGUUGGUCGUCUUAUUAUGAAGGCUGCUGCCGAAAGUAAUCUUAAGAAGGUUACACUUGAAUUAGGCGGUAAAUCUCCUAAUAUUAUUUUUGAUGAUUGUGAUCUUGAUCAAGCAGUAAGAUGGGCACACAAGGGUAUCUUCUUCAACCAUGGUCAAACAUGUUGUGCUGGUAGUCGUAUCUACGUCCAAUCUACCAUCCAUGACGAAUUCCUCCGUAAAUUCAAGGAAUACACAAGCCAAACCAAGUUGGGUAAUCCUCAUGAUGAUGAUACUUUCCAAGGACCUCAAGUUUCACAAACACAAUUCGAUCGUAUUAUGGGAUUCAUUGACACAGGUAAGAAGGAAGGUGCUACCUGUUUCUUGGGUGGUGAACGUUGGGGUGAUGAAGGUUAUUUCAUUCAACCUACUGUCUUCACUGACGUUAAGGAAGAUAUGGCCAUUGUUAAGGAAGAAAUCUUUGGUCCUGUUGUCACUGUAUCAAAGUUCAAUGAUGUUGAGGAUGUUCUUCAUAUGGCCCUUGAUACUGAGUACGGUCUUGCUGCUGCUGUAUUCACAAAGGAUACUGCUCGUGCCAUUGAUGUUUCUAAUCGUCUUAAGGCUGGUACUGUUUGGGUCAACUGCUUCAAUGAAUUGGAUUAUAACACUCCCUUCGGUGGUUUCCGUCAAAGUGGUAUCGGUCGUGAGAAUGGUGAAUAUGCUUUGGAUAACUAUAUUCAGGUCAAGACUGUUAAGAUCAAUGUCAGCCGUAAACCAUAAAUAUAUCCCUAAUCUAUACUUUUCCACAUGACAAGUAAUUUUGCUCUUUUUUUUUUUUGAAUUGCUGUGAUUUCUAAAAAAAAAAAUUUUCAAUUAAAAUAUGAUAUUUGAACUCCUAAAAUUAAAAACAUGGUAGAAAUACACGCAAAUUACGUAAACCUUUUUAUACCCAAA